UGAGGUUAAUCAUCCGUGUUUAACAAAUAUAUAGAUAACUGAUUUAUAUUUAUAAAUACAUAUCUGAUAGAUAAAGGGAACAUACUCAGCGAUUUUUUUAUCUCGAAGAAAAUUGCCACUGUUCUGCAUCGUUAGAAGGUCGCGGCUAUCAUCAUAGUCAUGGCAAGUGUGAUCGAAGCAGCUAUUGUGACAGGAGCUGCCCAAGGGAUAGGAAAAAGUAUCGCCACAAGUUUGCUAAAACAGGGUUAUAAGAUUUUCAUUUUUGACCUGGACUCAAAUUUGGGACCUGCCACAGAAAAAGAUCUUUGUCAAAAGUUUGGAGAAACAAAGGCAACUUUCAUCAAAUGCGAUGUCACAGACAAGGAACAGUUCAUAGGAGCUUUUAACGAAGCUGUGAAGACAUGUGGUCAUAUAUCGGUGAUGGUUAAUAACGCUGGUAUAGCUGACGAAUACAAUUUUGAAAAAUGUAUAGCUGUGAAUUUGAUUGGAGUGAUUCAGGGUUGUAACCUUGCUAUGGACCAUAUGAGGAAGGAUAAGGGUGGGAAAGGAGGAACCAUAGUUAAUGUGGCUUCAAUGGCAGCUAUUGAUGCACACUUCAUCCUUCCAACGUACUGUGCGACAAAGAGCGGAGUACUCAAUUUUACUAAAGCAUGGGCUAAAAACCCAAAAUGUGAAGAAUAUGGAUUGACAUUUUUGUGUUUGUGUCCUGGCUUUGUUGAUACUGAAAUGGUACGCACAGGAGGUCCACACUGUUUAAAUCCCCAAAUUUUUGAAGUAGCAAAAUCGUCAGGACUAUUGAAACUGGAAACAAUUGAAGAUGCCUUUUUGAAGCUGAUGAAUGAUAAACAAAAUGGUUCUGUGUUAGAAGUUUCAAAAUUCAGAAUAGAGUAUUUAAAACAAACUUCUGUAAUGCAAGUAAACAAUGACAAAGAAACGUCCUGAUUAGAUAUUGUGAAUGAAAAACUUUUCAUCAACGCUGAAAGAAACCUCAGUCAUUAGUCAUUGAUUCUGCAUACGUGGAGCAGAAAAGCUGACAUGCAUUGAAAAAAGGCAAGCUAGAAUAGGGUGAAGGCUAUUCCAGGAUGUACACCUCAUGAUAUAUUUUGUUGUAAAUAAAAUUCUGUUACAAACGAAAAUAAAACUUAUGGAUUAUGAGGUAUACAAAAAAUAUUGUCAAACAAUGCCCCCUUUUCAUUAUUUUCCUGGAAUAAUCCUAAGGUAAAAGUGGUCAUCUUGAAAUCAUGAUUUUUGAAUGUUGGGCAAUACCAAAUUGAAUUUCAAUGUUCGUGUUUUCUUUUUUCUUUUGUCUCAUGUAUUGUAAAUAGAAUGUCAUCAAGAUUGUUUUCUGACAUUUUGGCCGAGUGUUAGUUAUUAAUUAUGUAAUUAAUGUUUAUCCCCCAUAAAACCAUUAUAUUAUACUAACUUUGAUAACAAUAAAAUAAUUUCAUUUGAA